AUGGAUAUUUGGGUGCAAUCUAUUGGUGGAAAGAAAAAAGGAAAGGUUGCAGGCCUUGGCUCCUUGGGUCGAUCAGUAAAAGCACUUAAGCAUUCAACAUCUACUUUACCAGGAGAAAUUGAUGAGAUGAUUAAAUCUCAGGUGCAUGCUUCCAAUGCUAACUUAUAUGCUCAGUUGCAAGAAGAGCGGUGCAAAAACAAAAAAAUGAGGAAGGAAUUAGACUUAUUGAAGAAGUAUGUGAAUUUCAAUGCAUCAUCUUCAAAUGAGUUAUCAUCUCAAGAAGAAAAUCAAGAAUCCGAGGAUGGAAGUGACAAUGACUCUGAUAAUGUGAAUGAAAGUGGUUCUAACCCUUUCAUUAGUGAAAGUGGUGACGUAGAUCAUAACUUACAAGAGAAUAUUGCUCAUCCAUCUGGAAAUCAACCUCAUGUAGAGGUGGAUAAGUUUGAACGGCUCAUGAAGGAGGCAAAUGAAGAACUAUAUCCAGGAUGUAAGAAAUUUAGCAAGCUGUCCUUUUUGCUGCAUAUGUGUCGUACAAAAUGCAUGUUCAAAUGGUCAAAUGAAUCUUUUAAUACUUUGCUUGGACUAUUGAAGGAUGCGCUGCCUGAAGGGGAAAAAUUGCCUCCUUCUUUCUAUUAG